UUUCCCAGCGCAACCUACCUACAGAAUCGGGCGACGUACGUGUACACGGAUGGAUGCACGUAUAUACCGCCGCAUGCAAGGCUUCCACAAACGAACACACGAUCCGGUACGAGAUUGAAGAUACAGCUGUACGAGAGAGCAAGGAGUCGAGCAACACCUUCGCCAGUCGAGAGAGAGAGCGUGUGUGCCGUGGCGAGUACGAGGAAGCUUAAACAGCUAGCUAUAGACGAGGACCGCUGAAGCUCCCGGCAGCUUCGUUUCAUCAAGAUGGCCUCUUCAAGCAAUCCAUACAACAACCCGCACAUAGACGAUGACGACGAUCUCAUCGACCCAGAUGACGCCGACCUAAAUGACUUCGACGACCCGUUAUCCAACGCCGAAUCCCAGCGUGCGCCCCUGACGGGCAACAUCGGACAGAGCGGCGGCUCGUCGUCGUCGUCACGACCACUCAAUGAGUCCUACCUCACGUCGCGGAUCCCCGGCGACGACCGGCAGGCGCCGCAGAACACGAUCGACGAGACGGUGUGGGAGACGGUGCGCCGCGACCUCCUGGCCGUGUGGUCCAAGAUGCGCGAGGUGCUGUACCCACGGUAUCUGUUCGGCGGCUCGAUGAUAGAAAGCGGCAUGGCGAGCGGCGGGCUGCGGGGCGCGUACGCCAACCUCCGCGGCGCAGGGCUCUCGGGGGCCCGCGAAGAACUGCAGUCCCUUGCCGGCAGGGUCAUGGACCCCGAGUCCUUGCUCAACCAGAACAACAUGACACCCGGUCUCAGAGAUUGGGAUUUAUGGGGUCCGCUUAUCUUCUGUCUGGCGCUGGCCGUGCUGCUGAGUAUCUGCGGCCAACCCACGCAGAAGGACGCCAUCUUCUCGGGCGUCUUUGCGAUUGUGUGGAUUGGAGAGGCGAUCGUCACGCUGCAGAUCAAGCUGUUGGGCGGCAAUAUAUCCUUUAUGCAGAGCGUGUGCAUCAUCGGAUACACCCUGUUCCCGCUCGUCAUCGCCGCGCUGCUAUCGGCGCUUGGGUUGCCCCCGAUCCCCCGGAUUCCCGUCUACCUCAUACUCGUAGCCUGGGCUAUGGCCGCAGGUGUUAGUAUCCUCGGCGGCAGUGGAGUCGUCAGCAACCGUGUCGGAAUCGCUGUGUACCCCUUAUUUAUAUUCUACAUUGGGCUGGGCUGUCUGUGUUUCAUCAGUUAAGUGCUCAACUGCGCCACCCAUGGGGCCUUUUUUAUUGAGGGGAGCCGCUACUGUCGGGGAUGGCUCCCGGCUUGAGUAAUGAUUAAAUGGUGAUCUGUAAGAGAUGGACGGCGGCCAUUUUGGAGGUUAUCUGCCGUUUUCUCCAUGUUUACCGAUUGGACCUGUAAUUCUAGCCGUUUCUUCACUUUCACUGCUUGACGAAUGCAGGUGUAAAGGAAUCAAAUAUUGGGAUUUUGCAAUCUAUCUUUGUAGCACUUAUCACUGA